AAAUCCAUCGAUGGCUUUCUUUUUAUAAUUUCAUUUGGCGUUUGAAGCUGUUGAACGGUUGAAGAAGAAGAAGAAGAAGAUGGUUGCAAACAGUUUUGAUUUGUGGCAGAAAGAUGCCUUCUUUUCUGCAGCUGAAGAGGUUCAAGAAUCUGCUGAUAUAAUGGAAUCAGCAUAUAGGAUGUGGAUCAAAGAGAAGAGAAAAGGGCUAAAAACUGAAGAUUAUGCUCAACUUUGUAGAGAAUUGCAAACUGCUUUAGGCACUGCUAAAUGGCAGUUGGAAGAGUUCGAGAGAGCGACACGAUUGAGCCGCGGACAUCGUCGUAGCGAUGAUACUACAGCAACUAGGCACAACCAGUUUAUCGCCGCCGUCGAGAGUCAGAUUUUCCGUGUAGAAGCGGCAUUGAAAGAAUCAUUUUUCGAGGAGGGGAAGCAACCCCUCCGGUGGGUUAAUUUGGAUGAAGAAGAGUGUGAUGAUUUAGCGAUCUUCCUCUCUGGAACUUCGCCGACACUGCAAGUGUAGAUGCUCGAUUUGUCC